AACAUAUAAUAUUAUAUAGAGAGAUAUAAAUAUAUCUCAAUUAUAUAGGUAUACUGUUAAUUUAAUAACAUUUUAUUACAGAUUACGUUCUAGAUUCCUCAAAUCUUAUUAUUUGUAUAUGUAAUUAAUUUUAAAUAAACUGUAGCAAUCAAGGAUAGGUACAUAGGCACCUUGUACAUUGCAAUUAAGUUAAUUAGAGAUAAGACUUUAUAUCGAGAGCUAAUAUUUGUGUAGGUUCUUAAAUUGUUAGUUAUUACCUAUCUUUAUUUAAUUUGCAUUGUAUAACGUUCCAGGUUGACAAAGCACUAGUUCUUCCAUAAUGUCCGAAGAAAAAGAACUCAUUAAGAAACGCGGUAGUUUCAAGGGUCGUCUCACGACAUUCACCAGCUAUUUGAGCACCCUGACUGCCAGUUCAAUGACUGCUGCCGAUGCAGGCGAGUUACAGUUGCGUAUAGGUAAAUUGGAAUCCCUCUACGAGCAAUUUGACGAGGUACAGUUGCGAUUAGAGUGUAGUAGUGAUCCUGAUGGACAGAUGAUAGAAAGGAAUGCAUUCGAGUCGCAGUAUUAUAAAAUGCUCGCUACAGCACACGAAAUGUUAACGUCAUUUAGCAAAGCUAAUGAGGAUGGUCAGAGUUCAAAACAUACUCGGGCAAACCGCAACAACAUUGUUAAAUUGCCUACAAUUCAAUUGCCUAAAUUUAGUGGUUCUUACGACAAUUGGCUCGAAUUUAGAGAUACUUUUACAAGUCUGAUACAUAGCAAUGACGACAUUGAUGAAAUAAAUAAAUUUCAUUAUUUACGAUCGUCUUUGGAGGGAACUGCUGCAGUGGUAAUUCAGUCUAUUGAAUUUUCAACUAGUAAUUACAAUGUUGCGUGGACGUUGCUGUGUGAAAGGUUCAAUAACAAACGGUUACUAGUACAAAAUCAUGUAACAUCUUUAUUUAAUAUUGAACAUAUAACAAAGGAGUCGUCAUUUGCGUUGAAGCGUAUUAUCGACCAAAUAAAUAAAAAUUUGCGUGCAUUAGAAUCGUUAGGAGAACCAGUCAAACAUUGGGACACUCUUCUUAUUCACAUUAUCACACAUAAAUUAGAUACUAAAACAUAUCGUGAAUGGGAGGAGUUUAAGGGCCGAUUAGACAAGGAUGCACCUAUAUCCUUUAACUCCUUCAUGAAUUUCAUACGUAGUCGCGCAGAUUUAAUUGAAACUUUAGAAUUAUCUCGAAAUAGUGCUUAUAAUAGUCCCAAAGAGUGCAAUAAAUCUAAUACUAAAAUUAAAUCUAUGAUUUCCGUUCAAAAUAAUCACAACAGAUCUAACUCUUCGCUCUCGCUAUCUCAAGUAUGUCCUAAGUGUCACGGGGAACACACUUUAAAUAAUUGUCCUCAAUUUUUAGCGCUUAGUAAUAGUGCAAGGUUACAGCUGUUGCCUAAUUAUAAAAUUUGUUUUAAUUGUUUUCGCAGUGGCCACUUUUCGAAUCGGUGCAAGAAACCAGGCUGUAAGAUUUGCAGGCGUAAACAUAACACACUAGUUCACGUAGCAGAAUUGAAACCAAACCCCAUCGCGAACUCGGCGCCGCUGACCGCUGUACCAACGGCUACCAAUGAUAACAAACCGGUUUCGUCACGUCCUGCCUCUAGUGCUGUUUGUACUGAUGACUCAAGCGCUAAGUUGACUCUUUCAGUACAUGUCCCGGGUUCGAUUCCCUGUGAAGUUUUAUUGUCUACGGCGUUAGUCAAAUUAUUUGAUAGUGAGAAUCGUGAACACAUAGCACGUGCUGUACUAGACAGUGGCAGUACGUCAUGCCUGAUGACGGAAAAUUUAUGCAAACAGCUUAACUUGCCUUUACAUCGUAUAGAUACACCUAUACUAGGCAUUAAUAAUUCUUUGUCGCAUACAAGUAAAGUAUGCAGCGCACCUUUGAGCUCGUUAUGUGAGGAUUAUACAGUUGAUGUUAAAUGGUUUAUUUUGCCAUCCAUCACUGAUAAGGUGCCUUCAAAUAAAAUAAGUUUAGUGAAUCUGAGUAUUCCGUCUGAUAUUUGCUUAGCCGAUCCUAAUUUUAAUCAGCCUGCAACUGUUGACCUUUUGAUUGGAGCUGAUCUGUUUUGGAACCUGUUAGGUACUCAACGCGUUAAAUUAGGUCAUGGAAAACCGGUUCUUUACGAGACUAGACUUGGGUGGUUAGUCUCUGGCCCGAUUAACAGCGGCUAUUUACCAGGUUUUUCUCGGCAUAUCAAAUGCAAUUAUCUUCAAUUAGAUAUGAUGAACGAAAGCUGUGAGGACAUUCAAAGCCAACUUACGCGCUUUUGGCAGCUUGAAGAAGUAAGCCCUCAGUCACAUAGCUUUUCAGUAGAAGAACGGUUAUGUGAAGAAUAUUUUCAAAAAACAACUUCACGUUUAGAAGACGGCCGUUUCUGUGUUAGAAUACCUAUUAAACAAGAUCCAAAUUUAUUAGGAAAUUCAAUAAAUCGUGCUAGGCAGUGUUUAUUUUCAUUGGAGCGCAGAAAUAGUAAAAAUCAUGUAUUCAACCAAAUGUACCAUGAUUUUAUGUCAGAAUAUGAAUCUUUAGGUCAUAUGUCUAAGUGCGCGGUUACCGAUUCAAUAUUUCAUACAUAUUAUAUACCUCACCAUGGCAUUCUGAGAGAAAGCAGUACGACAACCAAAUUGAGAGUAGUUUUUAACGCUAGCAGUCCAUCUACCUCAGGCUUUUCUCUCAAUGAUCUUCAGAUGGUCGGCCCUACCGUUCAAGAUGACCUCUUAUCGAUUCUUCUACGUUUCAGGCAACAUAGGUACGUAUUGUCUGCCGACGUAGAAAAAAUGUAUAGGCAGGUGGCGGUACAUGUUCAUGACAGACAUUUACAGCGAAUCGUGUGGCGUGACGAUCCUUCUCAGCCUCUCGAUGUUUAUCAGCUGAACACGGUCACCUAUGGUACGGCUAGUGCUCCAUAUCUCGCCACGAGAUGCCUCAAACAGAUAGGGUUAGAGUGUAAAGACAAGCGGAUUGCAAAUAUUAUCAUUCAUGACUUCUACGUUGAUGAUUUGCUCACAGGGGGCGCCACAGUCGAUGAACUCAAAUUUAUACAGCAGGUCAUCACCACGGAACUUGCAUCCGCCUGUUUGCCUUUACGGAAAUGGAGGUCGAAUGAGUUAUCAUUAGUUGGUGAAGGAAAUCAAUCUUCCGUAAAUUUAAAUAUCGGCUCUCCCGAGCCAAGUAAAACUUUAGGCCUUGGAUGGUUGACAGACACUGACAAACUGUGCUUUUAUAGUCCUAAAAAUAUUUCUAACGAAAAUACGAAACGCAACUUAUUAUCAGUUAUUGCUCAGAUUUUUGAUCCGUUAGGACUCCUAGCACCGUUUGUGAUAACCUUAAAAAUGGUUUUACAAAAACUCUGGCUAUUAAAGAUAGAGUGGGAUGAACCACUACCACCAGAAUUCUCAGAUCUAUGGUCUAAGAUAAUUGUAACAUUACCUACUCUGAAUAACAUUCGCAUUCCACGUUGUGUUAUAUGUAAUUCACAUCAAUCUGUAGAACUUCACAUAUUUACCGACGCUUCGGAGCGUGCUUAUGGUUCCUGUGUGUAUGUUCGUAGUGUAAAUAGUGUAGGUGACGUCUUAGUACGACUAUUGUUCUCAAAGGGUCGAGUGGCGCCAAUUAAAACAUUGACAAUUCCGAGACUUGAAUUGUGCGGUGCUGUGAUGGGAGCUCGUCUUUAUGAAAAGGCUAUUGGUUCGUUAAGACUUCAAAUUAGGCAAGUGACAUUUUGGACGGAUUCAACAAUUGUUCUUGGAUGGCUCAAUAUGUUACCAAGCAAACUAAAUACAUUUGUUCGUAAUCGCGUCGCCGAAAUAGUAGAAAAAACCAAUCCAUUUCCAUGGAGACACGUUCCAACCGGCCAGAAUCCCGCAGAUUUCAUAACUCGUGGAGUUGGUGCUAAUUUGAUCAAGUCUUUAGACCCUUGGUGGUGUGGUCCUGAAUUUCUUCAAUUAGAAAAAUCUGGCUGGCCUAACGUUACCGCGGUCGCAAGCGACUUACCAGAGACUCGCCCAGAAAUAACUCUCCAUACAAUGAAAAGCCAGAGCUCUCAAAACUCAAUUAUUGAAUUUCAUCGUUUUUCCAACUUUACUAGAUUACAGCGUUCCGUUGCAUACAUGUUACGUUUCAUCAAUCGUUGCAAAAGGCAAAUCAUGCCAACGUCUUAUUUAGGUGAAGAUGAAUUACGGAAUUCGUUGUAUUUAAUCAUUCAAAUGGUACAGAAAGAGUCCUUUCCUGAAUAUGAGUUACUAUUAAACAAACAGAAACUUCCUCCGAAGAGCUCUUUAAAUAAAUUUAAUAUUUUCUUAGACAAAAACAAUAUAAUUCGCGUUGGAGGUCGCCUUAAUAAUUCACAGUUUUUAUAUGAUAAAAAAUAUCCUAUUUUAAUACAGUCCACACAUCGUUUUACUAAAUUAUUAUUUCAACAUGAACAUAAACGUCUUAUGCAUGCAGGCCCCCAGCUUCUUUUGGCCACAAUUAGAGAAAUGUAUUGGCCCAUAGGUGGUCGCAACCUAGCAAGGAUAUGCUACCAUCAAUGCGUGCUAUGUCGCCGCAUGAAGGGUCAAACCGUCAACCCUAUAAUGGGGAACUAUCCACAGCAGCGUCUCGCUGUAGGAGAACACCCAUUCACUAGCGUAGGGGUGGAUUAUGCUGGUCCUAUCACCGCAGCAAGUCGUCAAGGUCGUGGUUGCAGAUUUGUAAAGGUUUACAUUGCCAUUUUCAUUUGCUUUACGACUAAGGCCAUUCAUUUGGAGUUAGUAGGUGAUUUAACGAGCAAUAACUACUUGUCGGCAUUGCGUAGAUUUAUAGCGCGAAGAGGAAAACCCUCUAAUAUGUAUUCCGACAAUGGUACCACCUUUGUAGGUGCUUAUAAUGAGCUCUCUAAAUUUCUAAAAAGCAACUGUGAUUCGAUUGCUGAAGGUGCAGUCAAUGAAGGCAUUAAUAUUCAUUAUAUACCGGCGUACAGUCCUCAUUUUGGCGGAUUAUGGGAGGCUGGUGUUAAGUCGACCAAGUAUCACUUAGUGCGCGUGCUGGGAAAUUGUCAUUUAACGUACGAGGAGCUUAACACAACUUUGGUUCAAAUUGAAGCCCUGUUAAAUUCACGGCCUCUGACCCCGCUGUCAUCGGAGCCUGACGACCUGAUGCCACUAACACCAGGACAUUUUCUGAUUGGGAGACCAUUCACAUCGUUACCAACAAGUGACCUCACAGAUCAGUGUACAAGCCACCUAAGUCGUUAUCAACGGAUUGAGCAGUUACGUCAACACUUUUGGAACAGAUGGUCCAAAGAGUAUAUAUCUGAGUUACAGACAAGGUCUAAAUGGCAGUUGGCGAAAAGUGAGGUGACAAUGGGAUCAUUAGUAGUGGUAAAGGAUGAUCAUCUACCACCAUUGAAAUGGCGCUUUGGUCGCGUUGUGGGAGUUCACCCAGGAUCUGAUGGAGUGACAAGGGUCGCAGAUGUUAAAUGUUCCAACGGGAUACUCCGACGUGCUGUCACCAAGAUCUGUCCACUGCCAAUCUGCACUGAGGAUGCUGAAGAUGGUGGGAAAUAGGUUUUCCCACGGGUGGGGAUAUGUCGACGCCUGCAGCUUUAAACCAGCAAAGUUUAUAUUUACAUGUUUAAUGUAUUUUUGUAAGGGUUUACUGUUAUGUCCUUCUUGUUCAAUUACACGUGCGUCAGCAAGCAAUAAA